AUGCCUCUCCGAUAUUCUUCGCCCGAAAGAUCGUCAUCUAGAAGACCUACUUGGACUCGCUCAACAGCACCAGGCCCUUCUGUCGCAACAGUUGAUCCGGUCCUCCAAUACACCUUCCACAGAGCACUUCUCGGAUACGAACCGACGCCUCUUCUAUCUCUGGAUACGCUUGCUACUGAGCUCGGUCUAGGCGGCAUAUUUGUCAAAGACGAAUCAUCACGCUUCGGACUGCCCUCUUUCAAAGCCUCGGGAGCGUCAUGGGGCUGCUUCCGCGCUCUGAUUGCACAUCUAUCCUUAGAUCUGGAUACUGCCACUUUGAAGUCAGUGGGUUCGGCUGCUGUACAGAGUAGGUGCAGAUUACUGGCCGCUACAGACGGCAAUCAUGGCAGAGCAGUUGCUUGGAUGGCUCGCUCGUUGGGCAUAGAGUCGUCCAUCUAUGUACCGCAUGAUCUGCACCCAAACUUUCUACGUCUGAUAGCUGCAGAGGGAGCAGAAGUUAUUGUCGUACAGGGGGACUACGACUUUGCUGUCUCUACUGCUGCUUCCGCCGCGGCUGCUUUGAAGCACAAUAUACUUGUGCAAGAUACUGCGUUUGAGGGUUACGAAGACAUUCCGACCUGGAUCAUCGAUGGCUAUGCGACUAUCUUUGCUGAACUAGAAGAGCAGUUGCAAGAACUCAAUGUCAACCCCACUACUAUCUUCACACCUGUAGGCGUGGGCUCUUUGGCUCAAGCAGUAAUCACAUAUGCCAAAGGACGACGAGACUUUCAGACCAUCGCUGUGGAGCCAGAUACAGCGGCAUGUCUACAUGCCUCCUUAGUGGCUGGAAAAGCGACGUCAAUCAUCACAUCCAACACGAUCAACGCUGGCUGCAAUUGCGGGACCUUGAGUUCCAUCUCCUGGCCAUACUUACGUGAUUACGUCGAUUUGAGCACUACAGUCUCCGACUUUGAGACUCAUGUUACGGUCCAAGACAUGCACCGUCAUAAUGUCAAUGCUGGCCCAUGUGGCGCUGCAAGUCUAGCAGCGCUGAAAAGACUCGUGGCAGAGGGACAUGUCGCAAAAGGCUCUUCGGUCAUCUUGAUCAAUACCGAAGCCAAGAGACCUUAUGAUGUACCUUUGGAUGUGAGUAACGAUGAUGUUGUGGCUUUGACACAACAACUCGUUCGAAUCGAUAGUUCGAGUCCUUCGCUGGAUACUACCGGAACUGCUCCUGGAGAAGCAAGGAUUGCGAACUUUAUUGCGCAAUGGUUACAGUAUCGCGGCAUUGAGACUCAUAUCGUUGAAUCGGUACCUGGUCGUCCUUCUGUCGUCGGUGUAGUCCGUGGCAGCGACCCGAAGGCUAAAAGUGUCAUGUUGAAUGGCCAUGUCGAUACAGUAGCUUUGUCCACCUACGGUCCUUUUCCUCUCAGCGGCGAUCUGAUCGAUGGCAAAAUCUACGGCAGAGGUGUUCUAGACAUGAAAGCCGGAGUCGCAGCAGCCAUGACAACUCUACUCCAUUUCUCCCAACAUGGCAGCAAGGGCGAUGUCAUCCUCGCCGCCGUAGCAGAUGAAGAGGAUCAAAGCCUCGGAACCACUGCAGUUCUCGCAGCAGGAUGGACAGCAGACGCCGCUCUGAUUCCUGAACCUACAUCCCUAAAACUUCAUCACGGACACAAAGGAUUCGUGUGGGUCGAAGUCACAAUCCUAGGAGUCGCUGCCCACGGCUCAGAUGCUCAGACCGGUGUCGAUGCCAUUGCGUCUUCUGCCACCUUUCUCAAAGCAUUGGAAGGACAUGCAGAGUCAUUGCCAAAAGACGACGUUCUGGGACAAGGCACAAUGCACUGCGGCACCAUCAGAGGUGGAGAGGAAAAUAGCAGUUAUGCAGCCUCUUGCACGCUGACCCUCGAGUUCCGUACUGUCAACAGUACUUCUCAGUCUUCGGCUUCUAUUGUCCAGGACAUCGCGAAUCUGCUCGCGAACCUUGGAGCUGGGGAUAAGAAGUUUAGGUUCAAAGAGCCGAGAUUGUUGUUUGAACGUGCACCGUUGUUGCCAAUGGAGGAGUCUCAUCCUCUGCUUGCUGCGACAGAGGCAGCGAUUGCUAGCGUCGGAGGAAGGGGGGACGUCAAGUCUACGGCGGCAAAGUUCUGGACUGAUGCUGCUUUGUUGAGUGAAGCGGGUAUUCCUUCCCUAAUCUUUGGGCCUGUGGGCGAGGGGCUACAUGGUAAGGACGAGUGGGUGGAUGUUGACAGUAUCAAGACUAUCGAGCAAGUGAUGAGAGAUACGAUCGAGAGAUUCCAAGAGUGUUAA